AAGAGAGACACAGAGAGAAAGAAAGAACGCGCCUCUGCCCUGACGGACAUGGUCGAAGAGAGCUUCCUCUGAGAUCAUCCUGCAAAGGGCACCAUUACAAGGGAACAUUAAGGGGUUCAGUUCUAUUUUUCCUCCGGAGAAAAAAGAAAAAAAAAAUCAAUCUUUGCAUUCAAAAGAUUGUUUUUUUUUUCUUCUUCUUCUUCUUCUGCUGCCCCCUUUUUCCUUCUUCCUGAAAUUUGAUCUCUACCUACUUGCGUUGCAUCCUGCAUUGUCGAUUGGUUAGAUUCCUUUCUCCCUUUUGCAUGCUCCCCCAUACAUUGCUGGGAAUCAUUCUGAGAGAGGGAUAUUGAGCUCGGUUAUGUACUUGCUGGGCACAAGGUUGUAAGGAAAAGAUAAAAUACAGAAAAUGAGGGACCCUGACGUGAUCUUCAGACCCCAGACCUGCUAUUAAUUUUGCAUUCCUUUUGUAAUUAUACAUGCGUUUUGCCUAGUUAGUGAAUUUCUGCUGGAUAGGAGGUUGAAGGGUUUUUUGUUACUGAAAAAACCUGGAAAUUUUUGUACAUAUGCUAUGCAUGUAUCAUAUAGCUUCCUGGCUAUAAAGAGAUAUUGACUUGGUCUCAAAGUCUACCAGUGUGGCAUUGGCCUCACAAAGACAUGGAAAGUAAAUGGGGCCCCUUUGGGUUAUGCCUUUGGAGUUACAUUCUAUUGAUUUCUGCAUGUGGAAUUCAGCAGUCUUGCUCUCUGAAUGAUGAAGAAGCAGGAUUGGCUCUACUGAAAUUUCGGCUGACUGAUCCUUACGGCGCUCUAGCAAAUUGGAAUUCAAAUGAUUAUGCUGCCUGCAAGUGGUCAGGUGCCCAUUGUGUUGAUGGUAAAGUGAACAUGCUGUUGGCUUGUGGCAAUACAAUUGAAGUCGUUGAGCAUUAUUCAUCUCUGAAAACUUCACCUCACCUCAGAAAUAGAAAGUUGGCACAAUGGUUCAAGACAGAGAAGGCUUCCUCUCAUGGAAUCAGAGAGAAUAACUGUGUCAAUUUGCCUGGUUCUGAUGGGAUAGAGAUUGCUCCAAGUACAUCAAAUCUAGUCAAUACUGCACGCCGACGGUUGCUUGAUGAGUCCAGCAGUAACCUUGCCGCUGCACCUUUUGCCGGGGCGCCUGUACCGAUUAGUUCCGUUCCAACUACCCUGAGUAGUGGAUCUUUCCCAGCUGUACCAGUUUCCAAACAAACUGAUUCACCCAACUCACCACCUUCAAGUUCUAAUUCUCCUCCAAAAGAUAGUCCUUCAAAUGAAAAUGGUUCAAGCCCGUGGAAGAUUGUUGUUAUUGUUAUAUGUGUUCUUAUCUUGGUCAUUUUUAUUUUGGUCCUUCUUUGGAUUUGGAGAAAACGAGCUGUAAAAGUAAUAAAGCCCUGGAGGACAGGAAUAAGUGGACAGUUGCAGAAAGCAUUUGUAACAGGGGUCCCAAAAUUGAACCGAGCGGAGCUGGAGACAGCUUGUGAAGAUUUCAGCAAUAUCAUUUAUGAUUUAGGUUCGUGCACCAUAUACAAAGGAACUCUGUCCAGUGGCGUUGAGAUUGCUGUUGCUUCUACUACUAUUACUUCUCCAGCACAUUGGACAAAGAGCAUGGAGAUGGCAUAUCGGAAAAAGCUUGAUAUUUUGUCCCGUAUUAACCACAAGAACUUCACCAAUCUAAUUGGUUACUGUGAUGAAGAACAACCCUUCACAAGGAUGAUGGUGUUUGAGUUUGCUCCAAGUGGAACCCUAUAUGAUCACCUGAAUGUUCCUGAAGUUGAACACCUUGAUUGGAGUGCAAGGAUGAGGGUUAUUAUGGGCACUGCUUAUUGUCUUCAGUACAUGCACCAUGAUCUCAAUCCACCGAUAGCUCAUUCCGAGCUGAGUUCAGAUGCUAUUUUAUUAACUGAUGACUUUGCAGCUAAGAUUGCAGAGGUAGUUUUUUGCAAGAAUGUAGUAUCGCCAACCAAAACAACUGAAGGUGAAUCAAAGCAAUAUGAGUUGCCGCCUGAGUGCUGUCCUGAAAACGAUGUCUAUAGAUUUGGAGUUUUAUUGCUUGAAAUCAUUACUGGGAAACUACCAUACCAGGACCAUGGCAACCUUACUGUCCUUGCAGACUGGGCUGCUAAGUACUUGCGUGAGAAGACAAGUGAUCGCUCUAUUGUUGAUCCGACGCUGCAAUCGUUCAAAUAUGAAGAACUGAGUGUGAUAUUUGAUGUGAUCCAUGAAUGCACUCAAUCAGAUGCAAGUCUAAGACCAACAAUGAAGGAUGUAACUCUCAAGCUGAGGGAUGCGCUUAAAAUAUCGCCCGACCAAGCCGUCCCAAGACUUUCUCCACUCUGGUGGGCUGAACUCGAGAUCUUGUCAAUGGAGGGCACUUAAAAGCUCUCUUCUCUGUGUUGUAAGUUCAAGUCUCUCUCUUUCUCUCUAACAUGUAUCAAGCUGACAGAGGAUACCUUUCUGAGAAAUGUUUGCUGCUACAAUUUUUCUUUCUUUCUUUCAAUUCAUUUCAUUUUAUUUUAUUUUUUGUAAAAGCUUAUGUGAUUAAUACCAUAGCUAUUCUUGUCCCAAUGUAAGUAUGUGUGUCUAUGUUAUGUUAUUGUCACUUUGCAAAUCUG